AUGUACGACUUACACACGCACCGAAAUAUCACCUUUCUGGACAACUUGUAUAUUCCAUGCGAAGCGCUGAUACGUGGCGAUCAGACGGCAAUCGACUUAUACGGGCAACAGGUGUACGAUAACGGAUUCAAGGAGCGAAUGUUGCUGGAGGAAAAGGACCUCUGCGCCGCCUUCAAGAACCGCUUCCAUUUUCAAGCCUCGCCGUUGAGUGAGGAAGAGGCCGAGUUCCCGCUCGCAUAUGGAUUCGUUGUCUACAAAAAUGUUGUUCAGGUGCUACAUAUGCUCGCCGCCUUUUACCAGCCACAAAACCUCUACUGCAUCAAUAUCGACUCCAAAUCGCCGGAUGGCUUGAAGAAGUUGCUUCGCGGCGUCGAGUCGUGCUUUCCAAAUGUACACGUCGUGAUUGGGCCGUCCAUCGAAUGGGGCAGCUACGAGAUCGUCACAGCCGUAUGGAAUUGUCUGAGCUACGCUGAAAAGUCUGCGCAUGCAUGGAAAUAUUAUCAGUACCUAACCGGGACCGACGCGCCGCUGAAGACCAACUUGGAGAUGGUCCGGAUCUUCAAGGCGCUAAAUGGGACGAUGAACAUGAGCUACGAUAUCUUCAACAAGACCUGGCUGCAAGGGAAGCAGGAAGAUGGUUCCCCCUUCCUGCCCAUCUACAAAUCAUUCAUCCCGGCGCUGAUCCCCCGUCCGGCGGCCACGGCCAUCGUUGGCAGUUCACAGGUGGCUGAUUAUCUGAAAUGGCUGAAGGGGUGCUGGAUCCCGGAAGAGCUGAUUUGGGCCACGAUUGCAGGCCGCCCAGAUUUACUGCCGUGGCCGGGAGCUGUGCCCAACUCUCUGAUGUACCAGCUGAAGGGUACGACAGAGCAGAUGUUGGCACAACUGAUCAAGGGCCGCAACAAGACGCAGAGGAUUACGAUCACUGAAGACUUUUACGGGCCGGCCACCUUCGACACCCCCAACCAGAAUUGGAUCGCCCGAUACCAAGGGUGGAAUUCUGAUGACCUUCUAAAGUGCAACAAAUUCACGCACACCUCCUGCGUCUUUCGCGUUGCUGAGCUGGCCGCCUUGCGCAAUCGGCCGGAGCUGACAGCGCACAAGAUCAACUUUGAAGAUCAGCCAGUCGCAUUCUUUUGUCUCCUCAAAGAGCACCUUCGCCGCAGCCUCAACCCCGAGCCGUUCGACGCGCGUAAUUACACGCGACUCCCUGAGGUGGAGCUUUUGCGCGGCGUGCCGCUGGACGAGCUGUCGAUGCCGAAAGCUAGCGUUAACAGGCUCCGUCGCGAAACCCGUGGC